AUGUCGAGGUCCCUGGGUCGCCCUGUUCUCUCCUCCUCCCCGCAAUCAUGUUUCCAGAACCUGUGGCGCCGACCGUUGAAUCCCCCAAGACGUUCGUUCCAGAGCGAUAGCAGCAAUGAAAAGACUCCGGACUUUGCGUUCGCCUUCGAUAUCGAUGGUGUCCUCGUCCGGAGCUCCAAGCCAAUCCCCCAUGCCUCGUCAACGCUUCGAUUCCUCCAGCGCAAUCGGAUUCCUUUCAUGCUCCUCACCAACGGCGGCGGCAAGCAUGAGUCAGAACGAGUCAAAGAUCUCUCCUCGACCCUUUCCGUACCCCUCGAUACCUCCAACUUUGUCCAGUCGCACACGCCCUUCGCCGAGCUGAUCCAUGGAGAAGACAGCCUGCGACACAAAUGCAUCAUGGUGGUCGGAGGCGAGUAUGGGCGCUGCAGGGACGUGGCUGAACAGUACGGCUUUACCAACGUUGUGACGCCCGGGGAUAUAUACAUGGCGCACCCGGAGAUCUGGCCGUUCAGCAAGCCCUUUCAACGCGACUACUACGCCUCGUUUGCGCGCCCGCUGCCCAAACCCAUCAACCCGACAUCGCCAGCGGACAGUCUGACAAUCGAUGCCGUCUUCGUCUACAACGACCCGCGCGACUGGGGCCUGGACAUGCAAGUCAUCCUCGACGUGAUGCUGUCGCGCGAGGGCGUCCUGGGGACGUUUUCGUCCAAGAACGGCGACCUCUCGCUCCCGAACAGCGGCUUUCUCCAGGACGGCCAGCCGACGCUGUACUUUUCAAACCCGGACCUGCUCUGGGCGGCCGACUACCACCUGUCGCGGCUAGGCCAGGGCGGCUUCCGCGAGGCGCUCGAGGGCCUGUGGCGCGCCGUCACGUACAACAAGAACCACCACAAAGCGCCCAAGCUGUACAAGCGCGUCAUCGGCAAGCCGCACAAGACGACGUACUCGUUCGCCGAGAAGCAGCUGCUCCGGUACCGCGAGUCGCUCGUGGGCAAACACCACCCGACCAAACUGAAGCGCGUCUACAUGGUCGGGGACAACCCCGAGAGCGACAUCCGAGGCGCCAACACCUACGAGUCCGCGCACGGGAUCAACUGGGUCAGCCUGUUGACGCGGACGGGCGUGUAUAAAGACCAAGACGGCCGUCGGCCCACGUGGGAGCCCGCCGCUAUCGUGGACGAUGUUAGAGCCGCCGUACAGUGGGCGUUGAAGGAUAGUAAUUGGCACCAGCCCUUGGAAUAG